GGUACAGAAACGAAAAGAGGGGGGAAAAACAACCAGACACCGGUCGCUGCCCUCCGCGCAGCGCAUGCGCCUUGGCGGCGCCCGCUGGCGUCUCCCCCCCUCCCCUCCUGUUUUGACCGCGCUCGUUCUAUGGGGCGCGCGCUGCGGCCGUUACCUCAGCAGCAACCGCCGCGGGGGAAGGCGAAACGAGGCGGCGGCGCAGAGGGUGGCGCGCGAGGAAGAUGCCGGGGAAGCUGAAGGUCAAGAUCGUCGCGGGGCGGCACCUGCCCGUCAUGGACCGAGCCAGCGACCUGACGGACGCCUUCGUGGAGGUAAAGUUUGGAAACACUACAUUUAAGACAGAUGUGUAUCCCAAAUCUCUCAAUCCUCAGUGGAACUCUGAAUGGUUUAAAUUUGAGGUGGACGAUGAAGAUCUGCAAGAUGAGCCUCUACAAAUAACUGUCCUGGAUCACGAUACCUACAGUGCUAAUGAUGCCAUUGGAAAAGUUUACAUUGAUAUUGACCCUUUGCUAUACAGUGAAGCAGCUACAGUCAUCUCUGGAUGGUUUCCGAUUUAUGAUACAAUACACGGUAUACGUGGAGAGAUCAACGUGGUAGUGAAAGUGGAUCUCUUUAACGAUUUAAACCGUUUUAGACAGUCAUCGUGUGGAGUGAAAUUUUUUUGCACUACAUCCAUUCCAAAGUGCUACAGAGCUGUAAUCAUUCAAGGUUUUGUGGAAGAGCUGGUGGUGAAUGAAGACCCAGAGUAUCAGUGGAUAGACCGAAUUCGCACACCGAGAGCAUCGAAUGAGGCCAGACAGAGGCUUAUUUCAUUAAUGUCAGGAGAACUGCAAAGAAAAAUUGGCCUGAAGGUACUCGAAAUGAGAGGGAAUGCGGUGGUUGGCUACUUGCAGUGCUUUGAUCUGGAGGGAGAAUCUGGACUGGUAGUACGAGCCAUAGGAACAGCCUGUACCUUGGAUAAAUUAAGUAACACACCAGCAUUCUUACCCUCAUGUAAUUCCCCAUCCAAAGAAAUGAAGGAGAUUGCAUUCAAUGAAGAUCCCAAUCCCAAUCCUCAUUCAUCAGGACCCUCCACCCCUCUGAAAAACCAAAUCUAUUCCUUUUCACCUUCCAAGUCCUACAGUCGACAGUCCUCUUCUUCUGACACAGAUUUGAGUUUGACACCCAAAACGGGAAUGGGCAGUGGGAGUGCUGGAAAAGAAGGGGGGCCAUUAAAAGCUCUGUUAAGACAACAAACUCAGUCGGCUCUGGAGCAAAGGGAAUUUCCUUUUUUUACUUUGACGGCCUUUCCUCCAGGCUUCCUACUCCAUGUCGGCGGGGUUGUCAGCGCCCGCUCUGUGAAGCUCUUAGAUCGCAUCCACAAUCCUGAUGAUCCAGAGACGCGAGACGCAUGGUGGGCAGAGAUCAGACAAGAAAUAAAAUCCCAUGCCAAGGCAUUGGGCUGUCACGCUGUAGUGGGCUACAGUGAAUCGACUAGCAUUUGCGAAGAGGUCUGUAUUUUGUCCGCCUCCGGCACGGCAGCCAUGCUGAACCCUCGGUUCCUCCAGGACGGCACCACGGAAGUCUGUUUGGAACAAAGGUUAGAGGAAACCUCGCCUCCAGGCUGUGGCUUUUGCCACAUACCUUACGACGAGCUGAACAUGCCAUUUCCUGCUCACCUCACGUACUGCUGUAGCUGCAGGAAACAAAAGGUCCCAGAUGUUCUUUUCACGACGAUGGAUCUGCCUGCAGAUGCACUGGUGAUCGGGAAGGGAUGUCUCAUUCAAGCCAGGCUGUGUCGGUUGAAAAAGAAAGCCCAAGCGGAGGCAAACGCAACUGUCAUCAGUAACCUGCUGCCCUUUAUGGAAUAUGAAGUGCACACACAGCUAAUGAAUAAGCUGAAGCUGAAGGGGAUGAAUGCCCUGUUUGGGCUCAGGAUUCAGAUCACGGUGGGAGAAACUAUGCUGAUGGGCCUGGCAUCUGCCACAGGUGUUUAUCUGGCUGCUCUUCCAGCCCCUGGUGGUAUUCAAAUUGCUGGAAAGACUCCGAACGAUGCCUCUUAUGAACAACAUGUAUCGCACAUGCAGAAGAAAAUCAAUGAUACAAUAGCCAAAAAUAAGGAGCUCUAUGAAGUUAACCCCCCUUCCCUGCUGCAUCCCAAGCUUGUGUUUCCUAUAGAGAGGUACAUCCAAAGAACCCAUCCGCACUACCCGGGAUUCAUGCUGGAUGUGCCAGUAGGCAGAAGAGACUGUGAAGAACAAAGCUUUUAUAGCUGCAACACAGAAAUCAUGCCUGGUAUAAAUAACUGGACUUCUGAUAUACAGAUGUUCACGUCGGUCAGAGUCUCCAGACUCAGCAACAUUACCCUAACGAACCAAACGCUCAACAAGACCUUCAGUGACCUCUGUGAGAACCUGCUGAAGAGCCUGUACUUUAAACUUCGAUCGAUGAUUCCUUGCUGUCUGUGCCAUGUGAAUUUUACCGUCGCUCUGCCAGAGGAUGAAUUAAUUCAGGUCACUGUCACAGCGGUUGCAAUAACCUUCGACAGACACCAAGCACUGCAGUCCACUAAGACACCAGCAGAGAAAACAUUACAAAGAGCUUCCGCCGAUAAUGAAGAACAGCUGCAGUUUCCUCUGGAGCUUUCAUCCGAUCCUUCUCAGCCAUUCAUGCCAGCUAAAGAGGACCUGGAGAAUGCAAGUUCCCACACAGGUAUCCCAGCUGGCCAGAGAGCAACAUCAGUUGAUUACAGUUCCUUUGCAGACAGAUGCAACAGCUGGAUAGAAUUCAUUAAACUGAAAGCUCAGACCAUAAGGCGUGGAUCAAUUAAGACAACUGUUUCCCUUGACAAGCCGAGUCCGCUGACCGAGGGGCAGUCGCGUCACCGUUCCAGUGCAUCAGGCAUGAAGUCUACCGUGCCCGUGGUCAAGAUGACACCUCUGUCCUUUAUCCCUGGGGCAAAAAUAACCAAAUAUCUUGGAAUAAUCAACAUGUUUUUUAUACGAGAAACCACUUCUUUGAGGGAGGAGGGUGGCGUGAGCGGCUUCUUGCACGCUUUCAUCGCCGAAGUGUUUGCAAUGGUGCGGGCUCACGUGGCAGCUCUGGGGGGGAACGCCGUUGUCUCGUACAUCAUGAAGCAGUGCGUCUUCAUGGAGAACCCCAACAAAAAUCAGGCACAAUGCCUAAUAAACGUCAGCGGAGACGCCGUCAUCUUUGUGCGCGAAUCUGAAUUAGACGUGCAAGUCCAGCUUCCCGCUGCCAACGGUCAACCCAUGAAUGCCAGGGGAGAUGUUACGACAUGAAGAAGCAGGAACGGCUUGAUCCCACCUAGAGAUCUGUUCAAAGCAUCACGGCAUUGACUUGUUCCUUCUCAGUCAGUUACGCUCCAAACAUGAAGGACAGCUACAUUUCAAGACAAUCUGUUAACAUCGUCCAUCAAAAUACAUCGAGGGAAAGCCAAAGGAACCCUCUGAGGAAUCCCCAUGCAGCUGGAGGAACAUCUGUGUGGUGGCCACGCUUAAAAUCAUUCUCAAAAUCGAGGUCAUCGGGCGGCUGCCGGGUGGUCUGUAAGGCCAGGCCAAAAUCUUUAAGCACUACCCAGAUCCUCAGAUCGGGGUGGGGUGGGGGGGAGGGUUUAUAAUGCAACUGGAAUAUAACUGAGGACUCUCUCACUCUGCCUUCCGAUAAAGGAAGAGAUUGGUGAGCUGCUUGGACAUACGCACUGCCAAAUACGCAACAUGCGCAGCGGAUAGAACAGUCGGAACUCUGCGGAACGAAAGGCACCGUGAACUGGACAAUCCGAGUUGAGCUGCAUGUUAAAAAUAGGCUUUUCAUGUUUGUGGAUUAUUGACUAUUUUUAUAUUAUACAUUUUUUUUAUUAUAAAUCGUUGGAUAUAAUGGUAAAAUGACCAUCUGGUUCAGAUGCUGUUCGCGUUAAAUGUGGUGUGUUUUUUUUGAGCAACGGCGUUAGGAAAAAAAAUAUCUGUCCAAAAUCAGCAAUUUACGAUGCUGUGGGAUGAAAAAUAAACUCAGAACUUCAUGUCUCGCAGGGAUGAAGAUACUAGGAAACUGGAGAAGCAGUGGUAUUUUAAAGAGGCCCAUCACUCACAAAUGACCGCAGAGAUGGUACUUGGAAGGACAGGGGUUACCGUGGGAAAUGGAAAUCACUUUUGACAACUCUGGAGAGAUUUGAUGGGGAAAACGGAAUAAAAGUCUGUGGAUGUGAGAAAAGUCGAUGUGAGCCUAGAAAGGGGGGAGGGGACAUAAUGGCAGACUGAGAAGUCUUGAAUGUUUCCCUUUCAGCCACUUACCUGGCGGAAUGGACAAGCACCCUUUCCCAUUUAGACCCCCGCUUCCCUGUUUUGCCUGGUGACUGUCUGCAGUAAAGCCUUUCAAAACUCCUCCGACUGCGCAUGCGCACCUCCCCCCCCCAUUUGCGCACAUGGUCACGUAAGAAUGCGGCCAAAAUAUCUCGACAACAUCCGAUA